CCAAGCUCAUCGUGGAGACGGACACCUUUGGGAGCCGUGUGCGCAUCAAGGGGGCAGCCACAGGUUUCUACAUCUGCAUGAACAAGAAGGGGAAGCUGAUUGGCAAGAGCAAUGGCAAAGGCAAGGACUGCGUCUUCACGGAGAUCGUCCUGGAGAACAACUACACGGCGCUGCAGAACGCCAAGUACGAGGGCUGGUACAUGGCCUUCACCCGCAAGGGCCGCCCGCGCAAGGGCUCCAAGACCCGGCAGCAUCAGCGGGAGGUGCAUUUCAUGAAGAGGCUUCCUAAGGGCCACCAGACCACCGAGCCCCACAGACGCUUUGAGUUCCUCAACUACCCCUUCAACCGGAGGAGUAAAAGGACUAGAAACUCCAGCGCCAAGGCAGGCCCGUGACUUGCCUGCC